UAUGCUUAUAACUGGAAUCCAUGCAACAGUUUUUUGCACAAGGAUGAUUUUUUAGAAGAAAAGAAAGAAAUAGCAGAGAAAGAAUUCCCUAUCUUGUCUUGUGUGCAAAUUUCGGGAGACGACGAGCUGGCAAACCGGUGGUGGUCCGGGAGCGUGGGCAUGGGAGAGGUCGACCCGGUGGUCACCUCCUCGGCCGCCGGCCCCCCUUCCCUCCAUCUCCGCAACCCCAACAGCUCACACCUCAGCCCUCACCGCCGCGAGCAGCAGCAGCAAGACCGACUACCCAACCUCCCCGCCACCCCCAACAGCAGCGCCAGCAACAACGACGGAGACGACAGCCGAGCCGUCACCAAUGCCGACGACCACUUGUCCGCCACCGGCCUUGAAGUCGUCGAUGCCGGCUCCGGCCGCCGCCCCCGCGGACGCCCCCCUGGGUCCAAGAACAAGCCCAAGCCCCCUGUUAUCAUCACUAGGGAGAGCCCCAACGCGCUCCGCUCCCACGUCCUCGAGAUCGCCAGCGGGACCGACAUCAUGGACGCCAUCGCCGUCUUCGCGCGCCGUCGUCAGCGCGGGAUGUCCAUCCUCAGCGGCAGCGGCGUCGUGACCAACGUGACCCUCCGCCAACCCGCAGCCCCCCCGGGGGCCAUCGUCACCCUCCACGGCCGCUUCGAGAUCCUCUCCCUCUCGGGGGCGUUCCUCCCAGCGCCCUCCCUGCCGGGGGCCUCGGGUCUGACCGUAUACCUCGCUGGCAGGCAGGGGCAGAUGGUCGGAGGGAGUGUGGUCGGGGAGCUGGUCGCGUCGGGGCCGGUAAUGGUGAUCGCGGCGACGUUCGCCAAUGCCAUCUACGAGCGGCUGCCCUUGGGGGACGAGGAGCCCGAGGCGGCGGCGGCCCCCCCGGGGUCGGAGGGGGUGUCGCUGCAGCAAAGCCCGAGGGCUAACGGUGGUUCGUCGUUGCAGCAGUCGCAUGGGGGGAUGGGAGUGGACCCAAGCUCGUUGCCGCCGCUCUAUAAUUUGCCGCCAAAUCUACUGCCUAGCGGUCAGCUGCCGCAUGACGUAUUCGGCGCUUGGGCUUCUUCGGCUUCUCGUCCUCCGUCAUCCUACUAAGUUCCUCUUCCCCAUACCAUUUUCCUCAUCAAAAGAAACGAAAAAUUAAAAAAAAAGCAUUUAUGCUCCCUAGCUCCCUCUCUAGCUUUAAUUAGAAAUGUUUUCCUUGUUCUGGUCCAUGUUCUUUUUAUGUCAUUGCAUGUUUUUUUAAAACUUAGCUUUGUGAUCCUAGUUGUAGAAUUAAAGGACAGUAUUAUUUUGGUAAAAUUGGAGGACAGUUUAAAAGAA